CAGAGGGCAACCGAAGAAGAAGAACAACACUAGUAAGGCUUCAACCAAGGGAACAUAAUAUGGCUCGCGCUACGAACUGGCUGUCAUUUUCGUUGUCGCCGAUGGAAAUGCUGAGGUCCUCCGAUUCUCAGUUCGUUCAAUACGACAACCUCUCUGCUAACCAUCCCUCUCACUACUUUGUCGAUAAUUUCUAUGGCAAUGGUUGGGCGAAUCUCAGGUCGCAAGCAGAUUACUACUGCCAAGUAGAGCAAAAUCGAAGCGGAGAGAGCUUGGCGGGCCCACAAAAUCACAACGACGGGGCGCCGAAGCUGGAAGAUUUUCUGGGCUACUCCGAUAGCCAAACGGAGACGCAAGAUUCGUCACUGACGCAGAUAUACGAGCAGGGAGGCGGCGGCGCCGGCUACUUCAGCGACCCGCAAGAUCUGAAAGCGAUCGCCGGGUUUCAAGCCUUCUCUGCGAACUCCGGCUCCGAGGUGGAAGACUCAGCUUCCAUCGCCAAGACUGCUCAUCAUGCUCCUUGUGGGGAGUUCGCGAUCGAGUCGUCCGGGAACGACGUGGCGUUCUCCGGCUGCGCCACGGGUGCUUUGUCCCUCGGCGUCUCACAAAGUCGUGAGAAAGCCAUUGUUCCGGUGGACUCAGAUAGCUCGAAGAAAGUAGCCGAUACUUUUGGUCAGCGAACUUCAAUCUACAGAGGCGUUACAAGACACCGAUGGACGGGAAGAUAUGAAGCGCAUCUAUGGGAUAACAGUUGCAGAAGAGAGGGUCAAGCCAGGAAAGGACGUCAAGUGUACCUGGGUGGGUAUGACAAAGAAGACAAGGCUGCGAGGGCUUAUGAUUUGGCAGCUCUAAAGUAUUGGGGUCCGACUGCUACCACUAACUUUCCUGUUUCGAAUUACACAAAGGAAUUGGAGGAGAUGAAACAUGUGACAAAGCAAGAGUUUAUUGCUUCACUGAGAAGGAAAAGUAGCGGUUUUUCUAGAGGAGCUUCUAUAUACAGGGGCGUAACAAGGCAUCAUCAGCAAGGUCGCUGGCAAGCAAGAAUUGGUCGUGUUGCAGGAAACAAAGAUCUGUACCUUGGAACGUUUGCUACUGAAGAGGAAGCCGCAGAGGCAUACGAUAUUGCUGCCAUUAAAUUCAGAGGUGCGGGCGCUGUGACGAACUUCGAGAUGAGCAGAUAUGAUGUGGAAGCGAUUAUGAAGAGUACUCUGCCAGUUGGUGGAUCAGCCAAACGCGCAAAACAUUCCCCAGAAUCAGAACACAAUAUCCAGCAACCCCAAUAUCCAAACGCGAUUAAUGCCACCGCUGGAACCAUCAGUUUCACGCCCAUUCAACCUGCACUUGCUUCUUCUAUCCCUUGUGGUAUUCCCUAUGAUUCUGCAGCAGCACAUUACCACCACAAUCUGUUGCACCAGUUUUAUCCUACUAGCAGCUCUGGUACUGUGGAUUCAACCGUAUCUGUGACUGCGUCUGUUGCGGCGGCUCCGAUGACUGCGCUGCCGGCUUCUGCUGCUGAGUUUUUUCUGUGGCCUCAUCAGCCAUGUUGAUUAUUUGAUUAGCAAACUAGUUAGUUUAUCUUCGUUACUUCGUUAUUUUGUCUUCCGCUAACAAAUCAGAGGCUAUAAUAGGUUUUUAUCUCUUACAGUUCAGCUGACCCCCAUCGAGAAUAUAUAAUACCUUAACUGGGAAGAAAGAAAACUAAGGUAGGUUUUGGUGCUGGUAAAUGCUAGGGUUCCGGUUUACAUGUAGGAAGUUGGAUCAUGCAAGUGACUUUUGAAAGAUAA